AUGGAGAAAAUACAGGAAGUCGACCAAAAUUAUUAUGAUUUGGAUGAUAUUAUUGCAUCUACUUCGAAUAUUCAAAUGUCAUUCAAUAGGCAUACAUCUAAAGAAAUAUUCCCUUUACUUGGCUACAAAGCACCAGAAACGAUCAGUGAAAGGACUUUCAAAGUUGAAUUGCCAUUGUUCAUGGCACAGCCACUACGUCAACGUUAUCCGGUAUUCCCUUAA